AUGAAAAUGGUUUUUCGGCAAUAUUUUAAUUAAAAAGUAAGUAAAAUAUAAAAAUAAUAAGAAUUAAAUAAUUUAACUAUAAUGAAAUACUAUUUCUUUUUUGUUUUUUAUAUAAUUUAGUAAUAUAAAGUUGUUUUUUUUAACUUUUACUACGAUUUCCUAAGUGAGUUUUAUAACUGUAUAAACUCACAUUUAAGAAUCGUAUUUUUAAAUGUGUAUGAAGUGGUUUUAUUCGCAAUGAAACGAUUUAUUGAUUGCUUUAUUUUGCUUUAAAGAAUUAAGACUUGUUUUUUUAACGCGCCUUAUUAUCUGUAGCAAUCAAAAACAUCCAAAAAAAUCGAUUCUAAAAGUGCUUCCUCUAAAGCUUAAAACUAGAGAGUUAAAAGUUUAAUUUAUAUGUUUUUUUUAAUUUAUAUUAAGUGGAGAGAGUUCUUAUGUGUUGUUUUUGCUUGA